GUGGCCCUUCUUUUGGACCAGGAUUCCCCGUUUCUGGAAGUGGGAUCCUUCGCAGGCUUCGGCAAUGAGGACUCGACGCCCUGUGCGAACUUGAUUGCAGGAAUAGGCAAUGUCAGUGGGCGGCCAACCUUUGUCAUGUCGCAUAUCCCAACCCAGAGUGGCGGCGCCUGGAAUGAAAUGACUGUCGUGAAGGUAAACCGGGUGAUGGAGAUUGCCUUCGAGAAUGACCUACCUCUUAUUUCAUUAGUCCAAUCGGCGGGUGUCUUUCUUCCCCAGCAGUUCCGAGUAUUCCACAAGGGCGGCCAGCUCUUCCGUGAUCUCGCAGUCCGCACUGCGCACGGAAAGCCGUCGUGUGCGAUUGUGUUUGGCUCCUCAACUGCCGGCGGUGCCUAUCAUCCUGCGCUCUCAGACUAUACGAUUUUUGUCGAAAACCAAGCCCAGGCAUUCCUUGGAGGUCCCCCACUGGUGAAGAUGGCUACUGGGGAGGUGAUUGGGGCCGAGGAAUUGGGCGGAGCCAGGGUUCACGCGACGAUGACUGGCCUGGCUGACCAGAUUGCGGUGGACGAGUUUGACGCCAUUGUCAAGGCUCGGGAAUGGGUUGCCUCACUCCACGAACGAUCCCCGCUGUUGCCUGGGCUGAUCCCACCUGUCGCUCCACGGUAUCCCGUUGAAGAUCUCCUAUCGAUUGUGAACCCGGAUAUCCGCAAACCUUUCGACAUGCAGGAGGUAUUGCUGCGAAUUGUUGAUGAUUCGCGUCUAUCCCUGUUCAAACCCAAGUAUGGACCGAAUAUGAUAACAGCCUGGGCGCAUAUUUUAGGCUCUCCCGUCGGUAUCGUCGCGAACCAAAUCUCAGUAAUCAAUCCUAACGAAGCAGCCAAGACAGCGCAGUUUAUUCGCAUGUGUAAUCAACAAAACACGCCCAUUAUCUUCCUCCACAACGUCACUGGCUUCAUGGUCGGCGCCAAAGCCGAGCACGCCGGAAUCAUCAAAAUGGGCGCCCAGCUGGUCUCGGCCGUCAGUUGCUCUACCGUGCCCCAUAUCUCCAUUAUCCUAGGCGCGUCCUACGGAGCAGGGAACUAUGCCAUGUGCGGUCGAUCCUACAAACCUCGCUUUCUAUUUACCUGGCCCACCGGCCGCUGCAGUGUGAUGGGCCCUGAUCAGCUAUCGGGGGUGAUGGAGACGGUGCGGAUUUCAAGCGCCAAGUCCAAGGGUGAGGUGCUGUCGCCGGAGGAAUUGAAGAAACAGGUGCAGUCAUUCAGGGAUGCCGCUCAGCGGGACAGUGAGUGCUACGCGACAAGUUCGAUGUUAAUUGACGAUGGCGUUAUUGACCCCAGAGAUACGCGAGAUGUGCUGGGGAUGUGUUUGGAGGUCGUGGCUCUGCCGGGGGUGCAGGGGACGGAGACGCAUAAACUUUUGGCUAGGAUUUAG